ACAAAGAAGAAGAAAAACAAGGCAACAGCAACCAGGACAGUCGUCUGUUACUUUUAAUCUUAAACAUCUCAGUUUGAAGCUCCAGUGUUCCUAUCCAUAUGAUAAAGAGAAAGAAACAACAGCGAAUCUAGCAUCAAGCUAAGAGACGUCUUCGCCACUACAGCUAGUGCAGGACAGACAAAGCAUGUCCACAAAUGAGGUGAUAGGUCUGCUGUUGAAAGAGGAGGAGGAAAGGGAGAAGAGGAAAAACACAUCUCUCCCUACUCAAGACCUCACAGGCAUGGCAACGUCUGAGGUUAAUCAAGACAUUUCUAGGAGAGACAGCAGUGAGAAUUGGAUCCUCAUGUCAGAGAAGAAUGCGCAGCUAAAGUUUGAUGAUAAGGUGAUCAGUUCAAAGAUUAAGAUGACCGCAAAGGCCAUGACUGCACAGAAGUAUGUAGUACAAAGACUUGAAGAUUUCAAGGCAUUUGAAGAUUGCUUUUUGAAAGAAUUCCUCGCCUCUGUCGAGAAGAAAGUUAUGGAUGCCCAAAAUCUCAGGUUGAAAAACUCAAGUAGCUCCAUACAGGAAAUGAAUGAUAAGAUUGAGAAGGUCACCGAUGAAACAGCAAUAUUAAAAAGUGAAGUUGCCAAGAUUGAGAAGGUUCUGAAUGAAUAUAAGAGGUACAGGAGAGUUCUGUUCAAGCUUUCUCCUCCCGAGUGGCAGGAAGCCCAGAAAGCAGCGACUUUAACAACCAAAGGCUUGCCAGACAGACCAGAUGGCUUGGAGAAAGAUCUGGAUUCCACUCCAGAUAGCGUGCUGCCUCCCACCAGUGAGUCUACACUGUCCUCAAACCACAGUGAUGCCGUGGUGAAGAAUUCCCAGCUGAAUGGAAACAACACAAUCUAUGAGGACAAGCUGGAACUAUAUAACUUCGAUCCCCUGGAGGUAAUCGUCCUGCUGUCAGAGCUGACUGACCAGAACCUGUCUCUGAUUCACAACAUCACCAGGAUGGAUAAGAAAAUGGAGCACACUUUCGAGGUCACCAUAAAGAAAAUGAAAGAGGAAGAAGAGCAGCUAAACAUGCAUGUAGAAGAUAUGAAGGAGAGAGUUGACAUCAAAAAGAAGAGAGUGGCCAUGCUUAAAAAGAGUGUUCAUCUCCAUGAAUCAAUAAAGACAGAGGACCAGGAUAUUAUGUUGAAUGAUUUGGCGAUUAAGGUGGCAAAGGUGUAUUCCUCAUGCGUCGAUGAACGGCCGACCCAACUCACCACUUUGGAGAUGCUGACUGGUUUUGAGCACCAUAUAUCUCUGCUGUUCCAGCAAGUUGAGAGCAUCCCAGAGGACGUGCUGAAAACACUGAGGAACAUCAAGGACAGCGAGAAGAGGAGCAGACAGCGAGAGGAAAAACUUAAACUGGAGAUGGAGCAACACAGAGAAAGGAUGAAGGAGUGCAUUCAGAGAUCGCUGGAUGAAGCCAAGAAAACAUAUGGACGAAAGCUCAUGCCCAGAUGUUUCCCGGUCAAGAAGAAGAUUGAAGUUGUUGAUGAGGUCAUCACCUUGAUGGAGGACUUCCGUUCCCACCUCUUCGCCGAGGACUCAGAUUAAAAAUAAGUACAAAUGCUCUACUUGUUACACCUGUCUGAGUCCAUGUUUUCACAGGGAUUGUGUGAUAAUCACAACUUCAGGUCUAAAAAACUGGGGAGGAUGUGUAAAAUGUAAAUAAAAACAGAAUGGAAUGAUUUGCAAGUCUCACAGACCAACAUUUUAUUUAUGGUAAAACAUAGAAAACAUAUUAUAUUUUAGUAUUUAAUGAAAUUUUCAAUUUGAUGGCAACAAAACGUCUCGGAAAAGUUGGGAUGAUAAUGACACGUAAGUGGUAAUAAAAAGCAGCUGGAAUCCUAAAUCAGACAACGGGGCAACACUCCCGCCCUAAAAGUCCAACAACUGGUCUCCUCAGUUUGCAGACGAUUGUUCUUAGAAGAAGAGGGGAUUCUCCUCAGUGGUAAACGUGCCCCUUCCCAACUUUUUUGAGAUAUGUCACUACCAUCAAAUAAAAAAAAUAGCCAUUUCUUUUUUAAAAUGGUACAUUUUAACAGUUUGAUGUUUUCUAUAUUCUACUGUAAAUAAAAUAUGGGUGUAUGACAUUUCAAAAUCCCUGCGUUCAGUUUUUAUUUACACAGCCUUCCCAACAUUUUUGGAAUUAGGGUUGUAAUAAAGCAGCAGUUACAGCUGAUGUUCUAAUUACAGCAGGGGUCAUACUGACUCCUCAAUAACCUGAAUGUUGCCAUCUAAAAUCAUUAUUACUUAAUGAUCAGCCAUUUGUGUCUGAAUGUCAGCUCACUUACAGCUUGGUCAUGGCUACAGUUUUUCAUAUUAAUGUGUAGUUUGAAAACUGUCUUCUCUCUUUCUGACUUUCUUAGCGGUGUAAAAUCGGUGAGGUCUUAAAUAUUUUUCACAAUGGCAUAAUCUCUUAGCCAGCUCAGAAGUAUUAACCUCAAUAGAGUGCUUACCCUCCCCAUUAUCAUCAUCAUUGACCCUACUGGUGUCCCCCAAUGUAGCCAACCACCAGCUUACCCACUUAUUGCACACUGCCCUAAACACUCACACCUCCAUCAUCCAUUACACACAGACUGCCUCUCCUCUGAUAUUUGUCGCCCUAUUAUGGCUUUCUAGUCCUACUCUCUGCUGGUCACUGCCAAUGCCUUGGCAGUUAUUUCUCAGUAAAUGAGUAACAGACACACACACAGACACAUAUACAAGCACACACAGACACAAACACAAACUGCAUCAGAAGUAUUGAUAUAUAAUUUACCACAAUUAAAUGAUUUUUUUUGUAGUAAUCCUUAAUGUGUGAGUUUUCUUAAAGGAAAGCGAAGUUUCUUUCAUAUUCUGAAUAAGAUAAAAAGACAUUGGUCAGUAUGUGCUUUUUCCCAUGUAGUUUGUACCUCUCAAACAGAUAUAUUCAGUGCUCUGCACCAUGUGAGUUUGGAGAAUGAAUUUGAAGAGGUAAUACAUGAAAAGUAAUAGACAAGGCACUCACAGGUGAAGAAAUAAUUUCCUGGUGUGGCAUAAUAUUGGAACAUUUAAAUGCAUCAUUUUUAGACGGAAAAUGUAGUUUUUAGUCUUUACAUAGUGGUGGGCUCAAUGUCUUAAUAAAUAUGACAGAUAAAGAUUAAGAUACUUGUAAACAGUUUUGAGCUGCACUCAUCAACUACUGUAUUAGGUACACCUGGCUAGUACUGGGUUGGACCCCCUUUUGCCUUAUCUGACUAUAAAAAAAAUAUUUGCAAUAUUAAUGUAUUUUUCUUAUGCUUUGCAAUGGCGAUGCUGAAGUUUAACAGCACUGCUUCUUUUGUGCUUAAAGAAAUCAUUACAAUUUACCAUACCUUAUCAUUAUAAAGCUAUCAUUAAAUUAUCCAACUGUUUUCUUCUUAUCCUGUUUACAAUGGGCCUUCACAAAACACAAAAACUUCAAUUUUCCCAUAGCAGAGCACAGCACAUCACACCGCAGUGGGAAAAAUAAUCAGCCAGAGCUUAAAGCUGUAUCAAAAGCCUCACAGUUCCUGAACAGCCGCCUUCAGAGGGGGUGACUCUUAGAAUGCCUCAGCUUGUUUGUCUCAUGGUUUAAGUGGUGCACAUAGCCAUGGAAAGAUCAUUAAAUCACUGUUUUACCACUUGGCUUAAUCCCCACAACAAAGGGAGAAGAUACAAAAAAAAAAAGGAGAAACUGGAGAGAAAAAAAAAUGGUGGGUGAGAUUAAGUAGAAACUUGAUGGAUCUAAACUGACGGCUCUGUUUCCCAGCGUUGCCAAGGGGAGUUAAGAAUCUUGAUUCCACAUCUCCCAGUCUGAAGAGUGGCUGCUGAACGGACGUUCCCCGUUUACCCCUGCAGUGGCUACACCCUCCCUUGUAGUGUCCGCUGCUGUGGCCAUCUGCCGGAUUACCCAGCAGGAUAUAUUUUUAUAGAGAGCAUCCUAUUCAUAUCCUGCCUGCAAAGGUUUACAUUAAGGUUGAACUCGGGUGCACUUACAAUGGCAGAUGAAAUAGGCUCUAUCCUUCUUACAGCACCCCUCCCCAUCUUCUCACUGUUUGGCAGACAGAUAGCAGUGGGUUGAAAGGGGGGGCUUCACUGUGGCAUGAAAGAGGAUCUCAUGCGAUGCCACUGUCUGCUGCUGAUUUUUUUUCAGGCACUGACAAUAAAGUGGUGCCCAGCAUGAAAAAAAACAUUUGUAUGUGCCAAGUGCGAUUGUUUCUUCUAAUAGGCAUCAACAGGCCAACUUCGCCGUGUUACCAUACAGGUGAACUCAUUCCUGGGAAAAUGUUUUUCUCUUUCUCAGCCUCGUAGGCGCGAUGGCGUCCCCCUUUUUCCUCGGCCUAACGGGAUUAGUCGUGCCAGUGCUACCCCGGCUGUCACGGUACUGUCUACUUCCCAUCUCUCUUCUGGGCCUCUAAUGUGAUUAACCCAUUCCCUGUGGUCCAAAUGGUUCUGGAGGGUGAGUAGAGGGAAGGGGGUGGAGUGGAGCGCCCCCUUGGCAUGUUCCACCCCAUGGCUAACGCACCAUCAUUGGUACUUUUGUCGGGCAGGAAGGACUGAGGUCGGAGGUCUGUUAGGGCGUGCAGAUGACUACAAGUGUGUAAAGAAAGAACUCAUAGUCGCUGACACCUACAUGUUACAAUGUAAGGAUGUCGCUGAAAUCAUUUUAGCGGUCGUUUUAUAUCAAUUUCUUUAAAAUCACCAUUAUGGACCCUCGGGCUUUUAAGGCUUUCAAAAUCUGGUUCUUGCCUGUUUAAGCCUGAUCAUAUUCCAUUCAGGCACCUCAAUUAGUAAUGAAAAUCUGUUCAAGCUGAUUUGUAUUAUGACUUUUGCUUUCAAAGACUGCAGCCCUGAAUAUUGACUGCUUUUUAAGCGGAGACAAUAAUAAUUGCCUACGCCCAUCAUCUUGUCAAACGUCAGCGUUGCGGGGCUUCGCCUGUUUAACACAUGUCACGCUCAUUUUCAACUCAUCUGCUGCAAGUCUUCUUCAGGGCAUCUGCUGCACGCCGAGGAUCACAUGCCCUUUGCCACUGCUCAGAGGGAGAAGCCUCAGACCCAAGAGCGACAUACAAAACCCAGAGCUGAAAUCACCUUUACAGUGGCAAGCACUUGUCACUACACAUUAUAUAUCUGUGCGGUGACAUACGGCAUACUGUAGCCUCUCAGUAUAAUGAGGAAAAUUCAUUAACAUGUGCGUGUUAACUGUUAUGUUAACAAAUUAGAUUCCUGAUGAAAAGGCCAGACUCUAGACAAGUUUGUUGUUUACAGGAAAAACGACACUAUUAAAAAACAUGAAAACUUUUCUUUUAUUAUAAUCAUGUUUAUUCAAUUUACACCUUACCUCAAAAAUGAAAAACUACUUGCUAUUAGGUCUUUUGAAUUUUUUUUGCUACAUAGUAGUGUUUUUAUAUUGAAAGUUUGCAACAAGCUACACAAUUAUAUUAUUAUGAGAACUUUAUUAAAUUGAUUUUAAUAAGUAUCUGUUAAUCCUGGUUGAAGUUUGAAGAGUACAGAUGAUAGAACAAAACUGCCAACCUGGUCCAACGACGUCUAUCCUCACGCUGCGCGCAGAAGGGUUCACGUGAGUCCACAGCCGUGGUCGGGCGACAGCACGGAGAAUUAGGAGUCUUAAUUAAGAUUUUCUUACACCUCUACAUGUGCUGUUCGAAAGCGAGACAACAGGCUUGAACAGGGUGGGGGCACGGUGGAUUUUUAAACAGCUGCCUGCACUGAAACAAACCCCAAAGUUGAUGUGAGGAUCCACACAAUGCAAGAAUGUGUGUCAGUUUAGCCACUCCUUCAAAGAGCAUCCAUGAGAUGGUGUGUGUGUCGGAGAAAGGUGUCAGUAUGUGCACUUAUCUACAUUAAGUGUAUAUGUUUACACUUAAGACACUGGUUAAAGAGAAAAGAGACAACAAUCUGACAUUGUGGUUGAAAGACAAUGCCAUGCUUGAGGGGGUAGCACCGCUUGUGUGGAGAUUUGGUGGGUUUCCAAUCCUGAUAUCCAGCCGAGCACCAUGUAAUGGAAGGUGACGCUUAUUGUAUUAGUAAGAGCUAAUGAGUGUCUAAAAGCCUGUGUGACUGUGUGCGCCAAGGAAUCUCAUCGUGUGUGGGGGGGUGGUAGGAAGAACAAUAUAUCUGCUAAGUAGAGGAGGCCAUGAAGUGCAGCAUGGAGAAAAAAACAGGUCCACCAUCAAUGCAGAACUCACGAGGCACGCGAGGCCUCAGAGUUCUGUGCAUUUAGGUUGUAAUAAAGAUAUAAAGAGGAGAAAGUGACGAAGAAGUUUUAAUUGAUGAUAAGUUUAGACAGGUAAACUUUAGUUACAGUUGGGUGCGUUUGCAGUGAAGCUUGAAGUGAAGUGUCAAGUAGACACGUAAAACACCCACUUCUCUUUCAGACUGAGUGAAAAAAAUAUUGAGGUAU